GGAAAAGAGGGAUAGGGGGGCCAGACUUGUUUCCCUCCAGUUCUGCCUGAUCCGCCAGACUGUAAGGAAAUGCAGGAAAAGAAAGAGGAGGACAACCUGAAGGAGAAGAAGGCCGAGGAUGCUGUGUGCCUCCGCAGGGAGAUCGGCCUGCUGCCUGCCGUGUCCUUCAUCAUUGGGACCGUGGUGGGCAGCGGCAUCUUCAUCGCUCCUAAGGGAGUUCUGAUGAACAGUGGGAGCGUGGGGUUGUCCCUCCUGGUGUGGGCGCUGUGUGGCGUCCUCUCGCUGUUUGGGGCGUUAUGCUACGCUGAACUGGGCACCACUUUUACCAAAUCUGGGGGCCACUACACUUACCUUCUGGAAACUCUGGGGCCCCUUCCUGCUUUCCUACGACUCUGGGUUGAGUUCUUAUUCAUCCGGCCGGCCGUGGCUUCCUAUGUCUCCCUGGCUUUUGGACGUUACGUGGUGGAGCCGUUCUUUGCACCCUGUGCCGCCCCCGAGGGGCUGAUUAAACUCGUCAGUAUCCUCGGAGUGACUUUUGUUGUAGCUGUGAACUGCUGGAGUGUGAACAUGGCGUCCCGCACCCAGGUCACUCUGACCUUCAUCAAGAUGUUCGCUCUGGUCCUGAUCAUCAUCCCCGGUGUCAUCGCCUUAUUUAAAGGAAGGACAGAGAACUUCCAGAAUGGCUUUGAGGUGGACCUCAUAACGCUGGAUAGGUUACCCCUCGCCUUUUAUAACGGUCUCUAUGCUUAUGGAGGGUGGUUUUAUCUGAAUUUCAUCACUGAAGAAGUUAUAAAUCCAAACAGAAACAUCCCACUGGCAAUAAUCUGCUCCAUGGUUACCGUGACGAUCUUUUACGUGCUGGUUAACGUGGCCUACUACACCAUGAUGACCCCCGGCGAGCUGCUGCUGUCGGACGCUGUGGCUGUGACGUUUGCCAACCGCGCUCUUCAGGGUCUGGCGUCUACAAUCCCCAUCCUGGUGGCGUUGUCCUGCCUCGGAGCACUAAACGGAGGCUUCUUCGGAUCCCCCAGGAUGCUGUUCGUGGGGGCCAGAGAGGGCCACUGGCCGCCCAUCUUCUCCAUGAUCCACAUUCGCCGACGCACGCCUUUACCUGCCGUGCUGCUGCUGUAUCCCCUGGUGGUCUUCAUGCUAAUCACCGGAGAGAUCUACCAGCUCAUCAACUUCGCCUCGUUUUCCCGCUGGUUCUUCAUCGCCUUGGCGACCCUGGGGAUGCUCAUCCAUCGAUACCGCUUCCCUCUUCUGCCGAGGCCUUUCAAGGUUCCCCUGAUCAUCGCGGUGACCUUCACCGUGGUUUGCUUCUUCAUCGUGGGGCUGUCGCUGUACUCCGACCCCUGGAACACCGGGAGGAGCUGCGCUCUCACCCUGACUGGAGUCCCGGUGUAUUACCUGACCGUGCACCGAUUCCGUCUGCCGCACAGAUGGAGGAACGCCUUCAAUAAAUGCUGCAGGAAGCUGCAGAUCCUCCUGGAAGUGGCUCAACAGGAAGUCCAGACGUACUGAACUCCUCUUUACACACUCAGUUCCUUCUAGAGACCCACGACUCCACGGAUCAUGACGGGGAGGCGGGAGAGACGGCGCCGGAGCUACGGGAACGCGGCGGCGUCCCGGUCACGCAGCAGAAGACGAUGAGCCGGAACCGCCUGCUAUAUUUUACCUGAUAACUGAUUUUAAAUGAUCAGGAAGAAAUAAAUAUGGAUCCGUGAAAAUGUUAA